AUUUGGGCCAGCUGGCGACUCUAUUAAUUAGUUCGCUGUUUAAAAAUAAGCAAAACAAAAUGCCAACAAAUGGUCACAAAUAUAGCAUUUUGCUGCCCACUUACAAUGAAAAGGACAAUUUACCAAUUAUCAUAUGGCUAAUUGUGAAAUACAUGAAAGCCAGCGGCUACGAUUACGAGGUGAUUAUUAUUGACGACGGCAGUCCGGAUGGCACAUUAGACGUGGCUAAGGAUUUGCAGAAGGUUUAUGGUGAAGACAAAAUUGUUUUGCGACCAAGGACCGCUAAGCUGGGUCUGGGCACCGCCUAUAUACAUGGGAUUAAGCAUGCUACCGGCGAUUUUAUUAUUAUUAUUGAUGCCGAUUUGAGUCAUCAUCCCAAAUUUAUACCUGAGUUUAUUAAGCUGCAAAAGUCUGGCGACUAUGAUAUUGUAUCGGGAACACGUUAUGCAGGCGACGGCGGCGUCUAUGGUUGGGAUUUCAAGCGCAAGCUCAUCUCACGUGGCGCCAACUUUCUAUCCCAGGUGCUGUUGCGUCCCAAUGCCAGCGAUUUAACGGGCUCCUUCAGGCUAUACAAGAAACCAGUGCUGGAGAAAUGCAUUGCCAGCUGUGUGUCCAAGGGAUAUGUCUUUCAAAUGGAGAUGUUGGUGCGGGCACGUCAGCACAACUUUACUAUUGCCGAGGUUCCAAUAACAUUUGUAGAUCGCAUCUAUGGCACCUCCAAACUUGGCGGCACGGAGAUCAUUCAGUUUGCCAAGAAUCUGCUCUAUCUAUUUGCCACCACCUGAAUAUAUUGACAACAAUAAAGCUAAACGAAUGACUUAAGAA